AUUUAUUUUUUUCAGUUAAUUUAUCUCUUGCUGCCCGAAGAACUCCCUUUAAAGCGCUCUCCUCUGAAAUGAAGCAAUCUCCUUCCUCAUCUGAUCGGAGCUCGGAACCCUCGUAUCUCUCGUGGUUCCUCGGUUGAAUCAAGGCUUCCGAGUUCUGUGAAGAAACAGCAACAAAGGAUGGCAGAUGGUGAAAAGGAUGGGGAAGGGACUGCAACUCGUGGAAAUGAUUGGGAAGUAGUAUCUCUCACUGCUUCAGCAUAUGCUGCAUAUCCAGGUCCUAGGAAGUUUGAUGAAGGUAAAGUUGAUGAGCAGGGUGAAUUGACAGAUGCUCAGGAAGAGGGUGCAACCCCAAUGUUCUUGUCCAAUCAUUUUGUACCGCCAUCUGGCCAACAUGAAAAUCUACUCGCCAAGUUUCAUCAGACUUCCUUUGUCAAAGAACAUAAAAGUGCUUCUGAUGGCGUUCAGAAGUUGCCAGAAGAAGUUCCCAGUUCCGAAAUUUGUGAUGAAUCUGUGAGUGAAGUUGAUGAUCCAAUGGCAAUGCAUAAGCCAGUAGGAGAAGGGGAGAUGAUUAUGAAAACUGUUGAGAGCUGGAACUUCAAUGAGAUACAGAAAUCAGUUAAAGGUUUGGGGGAAUCAGACUCUUUGCAUGAAAUUCCCUUUUUUGAUGAAAAGGGUAAGAACCUACCCCGUCCUGGUAAAAGUUUCAAAGACAUCAACACUUUGGGAGGACUCGACUGGAUUGAACCAAUCCAGCGGUCAGAAAUAACUGUAGAGCAAAAGCUUGAACCAUUCUGUGCAGAAGCUGAUAAAAGUGGGUCAACCACCUUCAAUGAUAGUCAUAGUGGCCUAGAGGCUGAGUUGCAUAAAGAUGUACCGGAGACAGAGGCUUCUUCUUUGCAAUUGGAUUAUGUUUCUGAUUCUUCAGAGUCAUCAAAGCUUGUAGAGGGAAGGGAAAGCAAAAGAUCUGAUCUUCCCUGUGAAGCAUGGUGGAAGAGGCAGGCUGCCUCUUUAUAUGCACAGGCUAGGGAAGCAAAUGCCUUAUGGUCCGUUUUUGUUGCUGCAGCUGUUAUGGGCCUUGUGAUUCUAGGUCACCGUUGGCAGCAGGAAAAGCUGCACAUUCAGCAGCUUAAGUGGCAAUUUAGCAUUAAUGAUGAGAAAUUAAGCCGCUUGUUGGCUCCUGUGUCGCGGUUUAAAGGUGCACUCCUCGGGCAGCGCCGGGCUCCAGUUCUGGGAUGCAGCAACUCAGUUGAGCAAUGAGGAGGCCUCUGUUAAACAAUUAGAUGAUGACGACAAAACCACAGAGAGAGAGAGAGAGAGAGCCUUGGCUGCACUUGUGCAGCAGACAUUUAAACUGAACUUAGUCUCACGUAAAUGUCACUGUAUAAGCUUGUAUAUAUUCUCCGUUUAAUGAUUGCAAUGUAUGCUGGGAAUGACUGAUGUUUGAAUUCUCUUGCAUGGAAAGGAAAAAUCCUCUCUCGUCUUUAUGUCCUGAAA